GCCGAGAACCAGGGAAAAACAAGGAAGUUGUCAACGUCGGUACGUACGGUAGACGACGCGACAGGUACAUUUUACGCGAAACAGGUGCAUUUUACUGGUGAUUUUGUUAAGUUAUCGUUUCCCCCCAAAAAUGGUGAUGAUGUUGAAUGUUCGCGAAAGAACACCCAAGUAGCUGUCAAUGGUGGAUUCGUGACAAAUAGUUGAACGCAAAAGAAGCAUUCGGUUUUGCGUAAAACUGUACACGUUCACACUGUCGUUGACAUAAUCUUCAUUCAACCACCGACCCAUCCACCACCCCACUGACCACCCAGACACGCGUGGCGUGUACUGUGCACACCCCCAUAUGUAGAUACCGGUAGAUUCAAAACAUUGCCGUGUUUACAUUCCAGUUUCGGCAAACUUGGUGGUAGAUUAAAGUACAACUAUGUCCAAGAAACAAGCAACUUAUGACGAUGCCCUGUACUGGACAGUCGAUGAUGUCGGGGAAUGGCUGCAACAGGUUGGUUUUUAUGAGUUUGUGGAACCUCUACAUAAAUGCAACAUCAAUGGCAAGGGGCUAUUUGAGCUGUCAGAAAGAAGACUGCAAGGACUCUACCCUAAUAUGCCGACAGGAAAGUCCGAUCCAGCCUCGAUGUUGUUUAAACAGAUAAACAAAGUCAAGGAAAGCAGAAGAACUGGCAAGAAAUCCAUGCUGUCAUUCGGAUGGGGAAGUGAAAGGAAACCACCUAAGGCACCGGUGCCCGACUACAGACAGCCCCAGACAAACAGACAAGAAUCUCGGGAUGGGCACGGCAGCGAAGAAGAAGGCUGGGGCAGUGAUUUCAGUGAAGAAGAAGAAAGUCCAGAGUUUGACCGAUCGGAAGAUGUUCACCCAUCACAAGGACAUUCACAGGGUCGUGCUCCAAGUUACAAUGGGUCCUCUACUUCUUCCUUCACCAAUCUGAGCUCCAGUGCCUCUGUGAAGGAUGACGACUCCAGCAUGUUGUACGAAGCCCCAAACCAAGAAGGAGAUUUUGAUCAGACAUAUGAAGUGCCCAUUGAACAGUUGAUGAACUCGAACUCGUAUGGUGACGGGGAUUGUGACGAGAUAUACGAUUUUCCACAUGAAGACGAAGAAGAAGACAACAGAAAUAGUCUGCAGCCAGGAAGACCACCUCACAAUAUACCGGGAAGAGCGAGUCCAUUGCCACCAGUUUCACCGCGACAUGAGCGGCCGUUGCCAACCCUACCCCCAUCCCAGCACUCCUGGCAACAGCCUCCCCCUCCGCAGCAAGGCCACAGACUCGCUCCUCACACACCACAGAGGCCCUCCCAGUCCCCACAUCACUUCCAGAGACAGUCGGAUAUCCCUAUCAAACAGGAGGAAGAACAGGAAGAAUAUGAAGUUCCCUGCAUAGCGGAACUGAAUCAGCCCAACUAUGAAGCUCCCAUAAUGGACACACAGGAAGAAGAGGAAAUACCCGAAGAGGAGUACCUUGUUCCAGUAGCAGAUGGCACAAACUUCAAGCCCCAGAGACCGCACUUUGGUCGUCCACCAGCCCCACUCCCCCCGACACCCGGAAGUGGAAGUGGAAUGCCUCCCCCAAGGCCAGUCAAACCCCCUGAACUGGCCGUCACCCCUACCCGGCCUCCUUCAGUGCCCGAUGAGGGGCCACCCCCGCCCAUCCCCACGCGGCCCAUCGCCCCCCGGACCCCCAUCGAGAGCAAAGGAUUCAGCAAGGUCCUCCCCGAUCCGCCCCCUCACGUCAUCCGGGAGGUCCUGAACAGACCCCCCGAAAUCCCCCGCGACAAGUCGCCCAUCCGAACCGGCCCCCACAUGAGCAACGGGAACGCCUGGCAAGACGAGAACCGGAAUUUUGUACCCCGGAAAAAAACCUCCGCGGGCAGUGCCCCGAAACUGCCCCCGCCAUUGCCAAAGACCCUUCCACGGGACGCGGAGCGGGCUCCAGAGGUCAGUGAGAACUCGGGCAGCGGCAGCGGCACCAUCGGCAGAAGGUUGCAGCAGUUUCAGGGGGCAGCCGAAGACACAGAGUCCAUGCGGCCGCCGCCGCUUCCCAGGCCGCUAGGGAAUAAACCGGAGUUGUCAGCCAAGCCGAACACAAACAAACCUGUUCAGUCGUGGCUGAAUACGGCCAUAGCGGAGGCUAACAAUCAGGCAGCAAACGUGCCCAGCCUUCCACACACCCCAGCAUCGUCGUCGGCACAUGCACCUCCACGACCAACUCCUAGAUCUCGGUUACCCGCAGAGCCUCCGACGAGCCCCGAACACAAGCCAACUCCCCCGAUUCCCACCAAGGAGCCUGCCAAACCAAUCAAGAAGUUCACUCCACACAGCAGCAGGGUGCCAGACCUUCCUAAGCAGAUACCCGCAGAGGCGCCACCAGCUCCCCCUCCUGACCCAAGAACCAUGCCUCAACCUCCCACGAGGAAUGAAAUGACGGGCUUUCCAUGGUAUGAUGCUGAUCUAAGCCGUGACGAAGCAGUGCAGAUCCUCAAACAAGCCAAAAUGGAUGGUGCAUUUGUUGUCCGGAACAGUACCAAAGGAGGAGACAACAUCCCCUACUCGCUGUCUCUCUGGUUCAACAACAAAGUCAGGAACCUACACAUCCGACUGCGGGACGACGGCAAGUACGCUCUGGGCACCUACAAGGACAACGAACAGGUUUUUGACACGGCAGUACUUCUUAUCCAGCACCACAUGACCAGUCCUCUAAUCUUGGCCGGAGACGCGGGCAAGACUUGCCUGAAGGUGGCAGCGCCAAACUUCCGCUGAUAGCGCUAAUGGGUUUUUUUGUGGGCGCACUCCUUGAUCGGCAGAAGCAGCAGCUUUUGUUUUUCAAGGCCGCGCCCAAGUCUCUUGUCAAGAGCUAUUUGUCUCGGUCUUUGACAAAUUACAAUGACCUGAGGAAAUGCUGAGGGUUGAUGGAGCCGUCGCCCUGGAAGCCGGCUUCAGGCAUGGCCUAACUUCCCGUUGAGCCACCUCACAACUCCAGUGAUUGGUUCAAAGUCAGCUUUUUCUGCCCACAAAAUUGACUAUGC